AUGGAAAAUCAGCAAAAGGAGAAGAGUUCUGCAAAGUAUAGCAUAAUAGUGCCUACCUACAAUGAACGCCUCAACAUCGCUCUCAUUGUUUACCUCAUCGUCAAGCAUCUUUCGGAUGUUGACUUUGAAAUAAUAGUAGUGGAUGAUGGGAGUCCUGAUGGAACUCAGGAUAUUGUUAAACAAUUGCAGCAAGUAUAUGGAGAAGAUCGCAUUCUGUUGAGACCCAGACCCAAGAAGCUUGGCUUAGGGACUGCUUACAUGCAUGGUCUGAAGUAUGCCUCUGGCAAUUUUGUUGUUAUAAUGGAUGCUGAUUUAUCACACCAUCCAAAAUACCUGCCAAGCUUCAUCAAGAAACAGAUGGAAACGGGUGCGAGCAUAGUCACUGGAACUCGUUAUGUUAAAGGUGGCGGUGUGCAUGGGUGGAAUCUUAUGCGUAAAUUGACGAGCAGAGGGGCAAAUGUCCUUGCACAGACUUUUCUUUGGCCAGGUGUAUCAGACUUAACUGGAUCGUUCCGUCUUUAUCGUAAAUCCGUGCUUGAAGAUGUAAUAAGCUCUUGUGUGAGUAAAGGGUAUGUUUUCCAGAUGGAGAUGAUUGUUCGGGCUUCAAGAAAGGGUUACCACAUAGAAGAGGUUCCAAUAACUUUUGUUGAUAGAGUAUAUGGAAGCUCAAAGCUGGGAGGAUCAGAAAUAGUUGAAUAUUUGAAGGGACUUCUGUACCUUCUCGUUACAACUUGA